AUGGUUUCAAGCCUUAUCUCAAGAAGAAGCCAAGAUGACUAUUCCUCUGGCUACUACAAGCUCUUUUUUGACAAUGAUAAUGUGCUCCGCCUGCUCUUUCAAAGUCCAACAAUGACUAGUCUGUACUGGCCGGACCCUUGGGUUGAAGACCCCGGACAAGUUGGAAGGUCUAAGUACAAUACAAGUAGACAAACACUACUAGAUGACUCAGGCUAUUUCUGGUCACCUGAUGAUUUCACAUUCUUUGCAACAGAUUUUGGUGCAGUAACACACAGACGAUUAACGCUUGAUCCUGAUGGCAAUCUUCGAUUAUACAGUUUGCAAAAGAUGAAUGGGAGUUGGGAUUUGGUUGUCACAUGGCAAGCCUUCUCUCAACCUUGCCACAUUCAUGGAAUCUGUGGACCCAAUAGUCUUUGUACUUAUGAUCAAGUUUCUGGCAGGAGAUGCUCUUGCUUGCAAGGCUUCAAGAUGAAAGAUCAUACUGAUUGGUCUUACGGGUGUGAACCAGAAUUCAGUCUCUCAUGCAACCGUACAGAUGAGGCAAGCUUUGUCCAAUUUGAACAUCUUGAAUACUAUGGCUCAGAUCUAAACUACUAUUCUAAUGUUACCUUGCAGCAAUGUCAAGAUAUAUGCAUGAAUUGGUGUAAAUGCAAAGGUUUUCAAUUUAAAUUUAGCAGCAACGGUACUGUUGGUGCAUAUAAUUGUUACCCCAAGUUUCUGCUAAUAAAUGGUCACCAAUCACCAAAUUUUGAAGGACAUUUUUAUUUAAGAUUACCCAGAAUUGGUCUUACCUAUAACAAGACUCCUGGUGAUGAAUUGAGGUUAGAAUGUUCUGACAAAAAUUCCAAGCAACAAAGAAUAACAUACGAAAAUAAGACGGUAAAGCUUUUGCUUUGGUUUGCCACUGCUGUGGGAGGUAUUGUGGUGGCCUGUAUUGUCCUGGUUUGGCUUUUCUUGUCAAGAAGUAGAAAAGAUUCAAAUUCAGCAGCACAAGGUUACCUCCUGACUAAUAGAAUUCAACGAUUCACCUUUGAUGAGCUAAGGAAGGCAACGCGAGGAUUUAAAGAAGUGAUUGGACAAGGAGCAGGAGGGAUAGUAUACAAAGGUGUACUGCUUGAUCAGCGGGUUGCAGCAAUCAAGCGACUCAAUGAAGCCAACCAAGGAGAAGCUGAAUUUCUAGCAGAAGUGAACACCAUUGGGAUGUUGAACCACACGUACUUAAUUGAGAUGUGGGGAUAUUUUGUAGAGGGAAAUCAUAAGCUUCUGGUGUAUGAGUACAUGGAGCAUGGAUCUUUAUCUGAAAAUCUUAGUUCUAAUACACUUGAUUGGAAAAAGAGGUUUGAAAUUGCUGUGGGAACUGCAAAAGGCCUAGCUUAUCUACAUGAAGAGUGCUUGGAGUGGGUUUUGUAUUGUGAUGUAAAACCUCAAAACAUACUUCUAGAUGCUAACUAUCAACUAAAGCCCUUUGAUCAUUUAAGCUUCUCCAAGAUGAGGGGGACUAGAGGUUAUAUGGCUCCUGAAUGGGUCUACAAUCUUCCCAUUGCUUCUAAAGUGAAAGUGUACAGUUAUGGGAUUGUGCUAUUAGAAAUGGUAACUGGAAAGAGCCCAAAGGGCUUGCAUACCUCUGACAGUGGGGAGACAAGAGACCAUAAGAGGUGGGUCACAUUAGUAAGAGAAACUAUUGACAUUGAGAAUGCUAAAAUGUCAUGGAUUGAGGAAAUUAUAGAUCCCAUGAUGGCUGGUAAAUAUGAUAAGGCUAAGAUGGAACUUCUGAUCAAAGUUGCUUUGCAAUGUGUGGCAGAAGAAAAGGAUGAUAGACCCACCAUGAACCGGGUUGUAAAAAUGCUUUUAAGCCAUGAGGAAUGA